AUUUUACAAUUUUAUUUUGCCUCGGGAUAGCAUACCGGAAGUAUUUGUCUGUCAGUCCGACCAAUCGAUCAGAUUAUGGAUGCAAAUACAGGACUAUUCAAGAUGAAGAAAUUUGUGUCAGACGCAUCUACAGUGUUCAAUAGGGCAGUUCAGUUCACUGAAGAGAAACUAGGGUCUGCAGAAAAGACAGAGCUUGAUGCUCACUUUGAGAAUCUCCUUCAGAGGGCUGAUAAAACCAAAGCAUGGACGGAGAAAAUCCUGAAACAGACCGAAAGUGUGUUACAACCCAACCCAAAUAUACGAAUGGAAGAUUUUGUAUACGAGAAGUUGGACAAAAAGAAGAGAGACCGGGUGAACCACCAUGAAGUCCUGGGGCAUGUGCUUGUGGAUGGGGGCAAUGACUUUGGUCCGGGCACAACUUAUGGUAAUGCCUUAGUAAAGUGUGGGCAGGCCCAGCUUAGGAUAGGAAAUGCCGAGAGGGAGUUCAUCCAGACCACAAGUAACAACUUCCUACAGCCACUCCAUAACUUCCUGGAGGGGGACAUGAAGACAAUACAGAAAGAGAAGAAAAUUUUGGAAACAAAGAGGUUGGAUUUGGAUGCGUCCAAGAACAGACUGCGUAAAGCCAAGUCGACAUCCCAGCCGCAGUCGUCCCAGAAUUCCCCACAGAAUGUGUUGAUGAUGGUAGAGGAAGAAAACCCUGUCAGGUUUCAUCUUGACGAUGCAGUGGCUAGAGCUGAAGCAGACCUACGCGUGGCCCAGGCCGAGUUUGACAGACAGGCCGAGAUUACCAAGCUACUUCUGGAGGGGGUCAGCAGUGCACAUGCCCAUCAUCUUCGCUGUCUGAAUGACUUCAUCGAGGCCCAGUUAACCUAUUACGCUCAGUGCCAAAACUACAUCUCUGAACUGCAGCAACAAUUAGGAAGCUAUUCUCACACGUCCGGUGUCGGGAACAAUUCCUCCAACUCCUUGGGGGCAGGUAUAUCCUCCGGUAUCCCCUCCUCCGUCCCCCUCCAGCCUUCUGCACCACCCCAGAUCAAUGUCAUAGCGGCCACGCCCAAUAUAGAGAAAAAACAGGCCCGCGUCCUGUAUGACUAUGACGCAGCAGAUAGUUCUGAACUUACCCUCUUAGCCGAUGAACUCAUAACAGUUUACAAAACCCCAGGUCUGGACCCUGAUUGGUUGAUGGCAGAAAGAGGCCCCCAAAAGGGAAAAGUUCCUACUACAUAUCUGGAAGUGUUAGAAUGAUAGUUGCUUUGACUGUAGUAUAAAGAACUUACGAUCUUUUUUAAUUUUUGUGAAUUUUUAAAUUUACUUUAAAUGUUGCAAUAUGUAAUUAUUAAAAACAGAGCUGUUGGCUGUAUCUGGUCAUCUGGAAUCUGAAGUAGACCAACCCGAUUAGUUUGUAAAUUGUUUGGGAUAUGUGUAUAGAUGACAAUUUUAUCUGUACUGAGUAUAGACAGCAAUUUUAUCUGUAUAUUGUGUAAACACAACUUACUCUAUAUACCAGGUGUGUGAUAGAAUGUAUAUCUAACACUUGUACCACGAAAUCUUUGAAAUGAAAUGCUGCUUGACACUUGUAUGAAGAUUUCUUUGAAAAAUUAGUGUCAACAUUGUAGCCUUUUCCUGUUAUAGCGAGUGUAUAAGAAUGUAAUUUUAUGAAACAAACUGUUUUGUUUGAUGUAUACACCUUCAAUGCAAACAUCGAUACUUUUGUUAUAAUGUUAUAAUGAACAUGUUCUUGCGCAGUAUUUAUUUCCUAACUCUAAUUAUUUUACUAUGUAAAUAUAAAAAAGUGACAGAAGCUAAUUUUCUUCCUUUUUUUACACGCACACACACAUUGGGUCACUGACUACUGCAUUAAGCUCUGUCCUGGUCAUCCAGGCUGUCACUUACUCUCACAAUAACUGUGCCCUACUCUUGUGAUGGAAGUUAUUUCUAUCAAGUACUAAAAACAACUAUGUUUGGUCACUUUUGUGGUUUUUCUGUAAUCCUUAGUUACAACAGACAACAGUAUUAUUGAGUUUUUAGGUGGUUUUUUUUUCCACAGUGCACAUUUUGUUUUUGGGCAAGUCUUGGUUUUUUUUUCCUGUAGGCUGAAUUAAAUUCAGUAAAAUCAGAAGUGGACUUAUGUAGUUACUAUUUAAAGAUGAAAUAUUUGUGGGUUUUUUUCACAGACAUUGACAUUUUAAUUGAUCUGGUGUAUGGGGCAUUUAUAUUCUAUGAAAUCAUUUAUAUUCUGUAAAACCUCAGCAAAACUGUAUGAUGUUACCACUAAAUUGCAUCAUUGUCAAUAUUUUUUCUGACCUCCUUGUAAAAGAGAGAUGUGUCCUUUUAGAACAAUUGAUACAUGUGCUCAUUGUUCAUUUGAUUAUAGAAGUGGUUACUAGAAUUGACAAGUACCGUUACUAUGUGAUGAAUGUUGUACAGUAGGUUUGUGGUGCAAACAAAACGAGCACAACAGUGCUUCAAACCAUUCAUAAACUAUUCAUAUUCGUUGGAAAUAAAGUUUAUUGAUGCUA